AUGACACGUAGUCCUCAUGAAUGCCCAUUCUCAUGUCGUUACAACGGCCCAUCUUGCUGCCCGUUUCUAGGACAACCUGUGUGCGAACCUCCGUGUCAAACAUUUGCUCCUUGUAAAGUGACACCAUGUCCAGCAGAAUGCCCUGACAGUUGUCAGUACCCAGAUGCAGAUUACUGCUGUCCUAAAAGCGGUACAGCAGUUUGCAACAGCAAUGCAUUCGACAAACGUGCAUUAGGAUAUCUGAGUGGUGGUCUUCCAGAGGGUGUCGAAUUAUACGCUGGAAACAUGCCUGCUGCUGGCAUGGAUGAUGAUGAUGAUAAUAUCUGGGGUUAUCAAAGCUUUGGAUUAGGUGUUCAGGCAUAUCAGGAUUUUCCACGAGAAGAAUAUCUCCACCAACACCAUCAUGAUCAUGCUUAUUACCAUGGCGAUGGUAAUUAUGGUCAUAAGACAAAAGGCGGAUGUCCCACCUGCGCAAAAACCGUGACAGAUGUGAGUGUCCAGCUAGAGUUUGUCACGACCACCCGAGAGCCUGGAAAGCCUAUUGAAUGUGGUCAUUAUAUUGAGCCUUGUCCUUAUGAAUGUCCAUUCAAUUGUAUAUAUCCCAUGAAUGAGCCUUGCCCGUUCAUGCAGAAGCCGUGGUGUCCUAGCAUAUUGGAUCAGACAGCCCUGCCAGAGGAAGAUUGCGACACUAUAUACAACACGGAAGGAUACCCAUAUCCUUAUUUCCCAAGUUAUGAUCCUUAUUACGAAAUCUUUACUUCAAUAUUGAAUCGAUCGGGUGUCACAUCAACGCCUUCCUUUGUAACAGACCAGCCUACAGAGGCGCCUGCAGUAUUCUGUCCUUUAAUCUUCAUUAUGUGUCCUAAAGAAUGCCCUGACACUUGCCUCAGGCAAAACGUACUAUGCUCAUUCACCCACGAAGGAUACUGCCCUGGCAAUGAGCCACCUGCAUUGCCAUCAUCCGAAGCUUCACAAGAAGUAACGACUCCAGGCGAAACCACACUCUCUGAUGGAGCUAUUAUAUGCCCUCCGUACAUGCUAGCAUGUCCUUACUGUCCUAACGGAUACUCGUGUAUAAGAGAAACCACUGGAUACUGUCCUAAUACCAACGUGCCUUACUGCUUCUCAACAGCAACUGCUGAACCUGUAGUCAUUCCAACAGCUGCACCUCUAUUUGAGUUCUAUCCUGAACCCUAUCCUCCUCAACCGACACAUUGGAGAGGUUGGGAGCAAUUUGAUAAUCUACCAGAGGACUUGAUAUACCACGCCAUGAGCCUCUUUAGCCGCAGCAGCAGUGGCGAUGAUGAUGUUAGUGCAUCUACAUCUAAUUUCUAUACCCCUGAACAACUAAAAUACUACGUGAAGGAGGAGGAGGAGAAUCAAGAUAUCUGUCUAAGAAAUGGCUUUAUCCGAAUUGCGUCAAAGCAGAUUUUUGAUCAAGUGCAAUCAUCGCGCUCCUUUCAGCAAGAAUUGGAUGAAGUGGUAUACCAAAACUGUCGCAAUCGCUACCAACCUCACCCAGCCAUGUGCAACAAGUUUGAUUUCAUGUCAAGCGAAGAGGCUGUGAAAAAGGGCUGUAUUGUUCCUAAAAAUGGCACAACAUUCUAUGACUUGAAUGAUCUGCCUCAGGUUACUGAAAUGAAUGUGAAUACGAUCAAGAUGGCUAGCUUGAUUACAAAUGUAUUUGAAGAUGGCGAUUCCAAUUUCGCAUUUGCUUCAUGCUCAGAUAUCCACGAUCUAAGAGGGUUUACCAGUGGUUACGCAGGGUUCACUACUGGCACAGGAGAUUCAGAAACUUUGAUUCAAUUAUUCUCUCAAAACUACCCAAAUAAUCGACUUGAACGAUUCUUGCCCAGGUGCCAUGAAAUCAGUAGCCUACCUCAUUGCGAUCGUCAAAGCCGUGGUACAACACAAGGCUUGGAGCAAUUCUGCACAGCAUGGAAAGAAGAGGCUUGCGAUGUUAGUGGAGCAUUUGCCAAAAUGCAACGCCAAUGGGUGUUUGAACACUACAUGAUCCCUAGCGCAAGAUACGCUGCUCAGAAUGGCGUUACAUCUGCGUUGGGGCAAGCUAUAUUCUAUGAUACAAUCAUUCAACACGGGUUCCAAUAUGUUGAGCCCGACAUUAAUAUUGUUAGAGUCUUGACAUUGACAGGUCCAAGAAUGAGAUUAGAGAGUGAAAAAGACUAUUUGACAAGAUUUAUCACAACUCGAAGAGAGCUUCAAUGUUGUUAUCCUGAUAAAGUGUGGCCAGCAAGCGCUAGUCGCAGUGCAGAUUUCCAAAGUUUAAUUGAUGAUUUUGAAAAAUACAAAAAUCUGGAUGUUCCUGUUCCCCUUAUCAAGUUUGGGAGAGAAAUUACAGGGAACGAGAAUUUAGAAAGAGAUGAAAAACAUUGCAAGUAA